UGCAACUUUAUAACCUUUAACAAUAAACAGCCUUGCACCCACACCAACUCGAACCCGGUUCAGUCAUUUUACUUAUACCCAUAAGCAAUUAACGCAGUGGCCUGUAAAGGAUGUCGGGCUACAUUAAUGGCGACACUGCGAUACCGCCACCUCCAGUCACAGUCAACAUGAACGGAAGGCUACCAUCACCUCCACCACCUCCUCCAGACUCGAUGGCUCCUCCACCUCCUCCGUCUUCAAGUGCACCACCACCACCGAGCGACUUACCUCCUCCACCCCCUUCAGAAGCUUUACCCCCGCCUCCUGAAGAGCCGCCGAAGAAAAAGAAAGCUGGGUGGGGAGCCGCGCGGGAUCGAGGACCACUCAGCAUCGAAGAUAUCCUGAAGAAAAAGAAAGAAGCUGAUGAGGCGGCAGCAAAGUUCCCUGCGCAUCAUUUACUGACUAUUUGGUUUCAUAGCCGAAAUUCUUAUCCAAAGCUGCAAGGGAGAAACUUGCUCUUGAGAAAAGAGCCAAGGAAGUCGAAGAGCAGAAACGCAAGAAGGAGGCUGAAGCAAAUGGCCGACCAUUCGAGGGAAACGGCUACACUUCCCAGAGUUCACGGGACUCAUUAGACAGGCCAACAAAUGGCCGCGACACAUCCUCUGUGCCAACAGGGCCUCGGGCAAUGCGCAAUGGGGAUACUCCCUCAGGUCCAGCUGCUGGAAGAACCAAUCGCGCAGAUAGAGCUGGUGAAAGUCGAUCAGCUUACGAGAAAAACACCACGAAUUCUGCACCUACAAAAGCUGCUCCUGUUGUUGGGAAGGUGCAUCUGGCUGGAGAGAAACGGCCUGCAAAUGGCGAAGACACCCAAGCUGCUCUUACUCGGACACGAUAUAUGGGCGCAGAAACCAAUCAGUCAACAUUCUCUGCCAAGAAGAAAAGGCGGCGGACUACAGAGAAGAAGUUCAAUUUUGAAUGGAACGCUGAGGAGGAUACCAGCCCCGACUACAAUCCCAUAUAUUCACAGCGCGCAGAGACAAAUUUCUUCGGUCGCGGACGCCUAGGAGGAUUUGCGGAGGAUAUAAGUGAAAGUGGUGUGAUUAAAUAUGCCAAAGCACUGGAGGAACGAGAUGGCGAGGCAGGAAGCGCUCGUGCAAGGGAGAUCUUAGAGAUGGAGAGGCGGAGAAAGGAAGAUGCUGGAGGACGAAAUUCACUGGAUAAGCAUUGGAGCGAGAAGAAGCUCGAACAUAUGCGCGAACGAGACUGGCGUAUCUUCAAAGAAGAUUUCAACAUCAGUACGAAGGGUGGCAGCAUUCCCAAUCCGAUGCGAAGUUGGGAAGAGUCCAAUCUUCCAAAACGCCUUCUGGAUGUCGUUGCUCAAGUUGGAUACGAUCAACCAUCAGCAGUCCAGCGAGCCGCUAUACCCAUUGCUCUGCAGGCUAGAGAUUUGAUUGGUGUCGCAGUUACUGGUUCCGGAAAGACUGCUGCAUUCUUGCUUCCGUUGCUAGUAUACAUCUCAGAGCUCCCCCCCUUGAACGAAAUGACCAAGAACGAUGGCCCGUACGCUAUUAUUCUUGCGCCGACACGUGAAUUGGCACAACAGAUUGAAACUGAAGCAAAGAAGUUUGCAACUCCGCUAGGCUUUACUUGCGUCAGUAUUGUUGGUGGACAUUCGCUCGAGGAGCAAUCGUAUAAUCUACGAAACGGUGCGGAAAUUGUUAUUGCCACUCCAGGUCGAUUGGUUGAUUGUAUUGAGAGGCGGGUUUUGGUGCUCGGCCAAUGCUGCUACAUAAUUAUGGAUGAAGCUGAUCGUAUGAUUGAUCUCGGUUUCGAAGAGUCCGUGAACAAGAUCCUCGAUGCACUUCCUGUAACCAACGAGAAGCCCGACACCGACGAUGCAGAAGAUGCUCAAGCCAUGAGCAGACAUCUAGGAGGAAAAGACAGAUACAGGCAAACUAUGAUGUACACGGCUACUAUGCCGUCUGCUGUCGAAAAAAUCGCCAAGAAGUACUUGCGUAGACCUGCCAUCGUCACAAUCGGCAAUAUUGGAGAAGCCGUCGAAACCGUCGAGCAACGUGUUGAAUUUGUGUCCGGUGAAGACAAGAGGAAGAAGCGCCUCAACGAAAUUCUCGCUUCUGGAGAAUUCCAGCCCCCUAUCAUUGUCUUCGUCAACAUCAAGAGAAACUGCGAUGCAGUCGCCCGCGACAUCAAACACAUGGGUUUCUCGUCAGUCACAUUGCAUGGUAGCAAGACACAAGAGCAGCGCGAGGCUGCUUUGGCAUCUAUUCGUUCCGGUGCAACGAAUGUGUUGGUUGCGACAGAUCUUGCCGGUAGAGGUAUCGAUGUCCCGGAUGUCAGUCUGGUCGUCAACUUCAAUAUGGCCACCAACAUUGAGAGCUAUACGCAUCGUGUCGGUCGUACAGGCAGAGCGGGACAGUCCGGUGUGGCUAUUACGUUCCUUGGUAAUGAAGAUGCGGACGUCAUGUACGACUUGAAGCAAAUGCUCUCGAAAAGUUCGAUAUCACGUGUGCCGGAAGAGUUACGGAAACACGAGGCAGCACAACAGAAGUCUACGAGGGGCGGAGGUGGGCAGAAGAAGAUAGAGGAUACUUCUUUUGGAGGUAAGGGUGCUGGUUCGGGGUGGUAGAUAGUCACAAUGUGAUUUCAGAUCUGAACUAUUUGAUCUGAGAUCUCGCUUAGCCAUCUCGUGUCUUCUGUGACCACAACAAAUAGUACUACAUUCGUAUGAGUACUUUACUACUGCGUACGUGGACUUGAUUUCUAAUUGUCAUUAUCUCUUAGUGAGACAGUCUUUUCGUACUCUUGUUAUUGUUGCCAACUGUUCCCUGUGGCAAUCACAAAGCAAUUCAGAUGUCCGACUUCAGGUUUUACAAAUGUUUAUUCCCGCUCUACAUAUACCUGACAAGGCAUCCCGAGUAAGAC